AUGAACACGGCUUCGACAGCCUUCCGGCUGCUAGUUUUACUAUGCGUCCUGGUUAUGAUCUUGUUGUCUCUGCUUUCGUUCACCUUUAUCUCGCCACGGAAGACCCUCCACGCGACACCUAUAAACCUUACCGCGCCUUCCCUGAAACCAACGGAUCCGAUGUACUUAGCGGCCUGCGUGCCCAUGUCGAAGGACCUUGCGACUCUUCCCGAGUUUAUACUACAUCACUAUGCCCAUAUUGGCAUUCAAAGGUUUUAUCUGGUGGAUCAGUCAGAGGAGGGUGGAGUUUCCAACCAUUAUCACGAAUUGCCAUUAAAUGCCUCGUAUAUAACUUGGCUUGGGACACCACCCGCUACGGAUAACGAAACCGCUCAGUUUGCGGCAUACAACGCCUGUCAAUCUCGCUAUGGCAGCCUACAUGCUUGGAUUGCAUAUCUGGAUGUCGACGAGUUCAUUGAACAGAAACGGAAGGAUGUUACGCUCCAAAAUUUCCUCCAUUCGAUGGAUAAAAACGCCACGGUUGGAGCUUUGGGGAUCAACAUGCUCCUUCAUACCAAUAACAGCCAUAUCCUUAAGCCCGAGGGAACUCUUCGAGCAGCUUUUACCGAGUGUGUUUCGUCAGAUAUGGAAAAAUCGCCAAAUGCUCAUAUCAAGAGUAUCGUGAAGACAAAGUACUACGAGAAACCUCGGACGGACCAUAACUUUAUUACUAAGAGCGAAUCCCUGACUGUGGGAGAAAAGGGUGAUAAAGUACCUUUUAUCUUCCGGCGGCCCAUCACAACGGAUCUUUUCGCGAUACAUCACUAUGCGAUCAGGAGUCGGGAGCAGUUUAACGUCAGGGUGAAAAACGGUGAGGUCGAGGAGCCACGGACUUUCCCGAACAUGAUGGACUGGUGGGAUGCAGUAGGGAAGAUGCCGAAGAUGAAAUGUGAUAGUAUGGCGAAACUGAAGCCCUGA